AUGUUGGACCCCUUAGGGCCUCCUCCGGGAUGGCUUCGAGACCUCGUCGAGCCCUGGGCUCUGUACUUCAACGUUCCCGCGGCCUCCGAGCAUAUCCAUGAAAUCCUCCUCGCCUUCGUCGGCUACCAGCUCAUCCACUACGUCGUCUCGCCCUGGCUGUCCCCGCGUCUCUUCCCCCAGCACUAUCCCAACCUCAACCGCCGGACCAAGCUGAACUGGGACGUGCAUGUCGUGUCCCUCGUCCAGUCGACCACCAUCAACGCCCUCGCCCUCUGGGUCCUCUUCACCGACCAGGAGCGCAAGUCCAUGUCAAUCGGGGAGCGCGUAUACGGCUACACGGGGUCGUGCGGAAUGAUCAGCGGCCUAGCUGCGGGGUACUUCAUCUACGAUCUGAUCGUGAGUACCAUCUACAUGCGCAUUUUCGGCAUUGGAAUGUUAUUCCACGCCAUCAGUGCGUUGUGGGUGUUUAGCUUUGGAUUCCGCCCCUUUGUCAACUUCUACUCCCCCACCUUCAUCCUCUACGAGCUCUCCAGCCCCUUCCUCAACAUCCACUGGUUCCUCGACAAGAUCAACAUGACCGGCAGCAAACUCCAAUGGUACAACGGCAUGAUGCUCCUCUUUGUCUUCUUCUCCUGCCGUCUCGUCUGGGGCACCUGGCAGUCCGCCCUCGUCUACCGCGACAUGUGGCACGCCCUGAAACAAACCUGGAGCAGCCACUCGCUCGUCGAGCCUGUCAACAUCUCCACACAGGUCUUCCAGGUCCGCGACGGCAGUCUCUGCGUCGACGAGGCCUGCGCCCGCGCCGGUGCCGAGGUCUCCAAGUUCGCCUCUUUCACCGCCGCCGGCGUUCCCACCUGGCUGGUCCUUACAUACGUCGCAUCGAACCUCGUCCUCAACGGCCUCAACUACUAUUGGUUCUCGAAGAUGAUCGAGACUGUCAUGAAGCGCUUCCGCGGGCCGGCGCCUAGCAAGGAGAAGGUUGAGAAGCUGAGCAAGGAGGAGGCUGAGAAUAUCGCGCAGAAGAUGGUCUUGGAAGCAGCGGCGGAGCUCGAGGCCGAAGAAGGUGCCCUCUUCCUUGGGGACGAGGUUACCGUCGAGACCGUCGCGUCCGCUGUUGACCCCGGUCUGGCGGAGGAGCUGCGCAGGCGGAAGGCUACGGCCGCUGCUGCGGCCACUUCGUAG